CAUGUAUUCGCGUCUUGGUCUCCGUCUGGUCCAAACCCGGUCCGAACCCGGUCUCUCCUCCAAAAAAAAAAAAAAAAAAAAAAAAGACUCCAUUCCCCAGUCUCGGUCCCUGGUCCUGGUCCCGAUCCGGAGAUGGUCCUGUUGAGGCACGUUCACGUCGCGCUCUCCGCCGCCGUGGCCGCGCUCGGAUCAGCCUUGUUCAUCGCGUUGAACUAUUUCUACCAGCGGCGUGUGUGGGCUCCUCAGCGGGAAUACUGCACCAUACGCGAGGAGGAGGAGGAGAGUGUGAGACGGCAGGUUCUGGUUCUCGGUUUGGACGGCGCGGGGAAGAGCAGCGUCCUUCAGGGUCUCUCCAGGUCUGAACCGAAGCCCGGAUCCAAGUCUGGGCCCAGGUCUGAGCCGGGAUCUAAACCGCCCAGACCCACCCGAGGAUUCAACUUCAUCAGCCUCCGAGUGCCGCGCUGCCAGAUAGACUUCCUGGAGAUUGGCGGUGGGGAGGACUUACGUGGAUACUGGAGUGAGUACGUAAGGAGGACCCACAUUCUGGUCUUUAUCGUGGACUCCUCAGACUGGACCAGACUCCCUGUGGCCAAGUCCGAGCUCCACCGGCUCCUGAGGGCAGGGCCGCAGCUGCCAGUCGUGGUCCUCGCAAACAAACAGGACAAACCCGGAGCAGCCAGUAUCUCGGAGCUCCACGAGGCCCUCUCUCUCGGCCCUGUGUCUGAAGAACGGAAACUCUUCCUUUUAGCAGCUCAGUUCAACUCAGACCCUGAACCAAAAAACUCCACACGAGGACUACAGACCUUCCAGGACCUGCUUCUGCAACUGGUCUGACGCAGGUCCUGACAGACACCACAAAAUCAAAUCAAUUUAUGAAGCAUUGUGAAAACCAUAUUUACUGUUUUAAAAGGCCCAUAUUAUGUUAUUUUCUGAGCUAUGUUAUAAUGUUUCCUCAUCACAAACAGACCUGGAGUUGUGUUUUGUUUCAUUUACACAUGUUUAACUAAAUAACGGAUUACUUAAACAUGUGUGAAUGAAACAAAACACAUCUCCAGGUGUGUUUUUUUGAAGAAGAACAACAUUAUAACAUUGCUUAAAGUGCAGAAGAGUCAGUUUUGUGUAAUAUAGGACCUUUAGUGUUCCCAAAAUGAAUGUAGACCUGCUGUAGACUUGGUUAGGUCCUGGUUCUAGUCCUGGUUUAGACAUGGCAAAAAGUCUAAUCAUCAUAUCACUCAUAUGUUUGUAGUAUCGAUUUGGAAUGACUGAGGUUGAAAACUUUUCGCAAGAGUCACAGCACAAGGUUGACAUGCUGGAGUAAUAAAAUAAUAAGCUUUUGGUCUUGCUAUCUUGCUAACAAAGAUGGGGUGUUAUGCAGAUUCGACUUUAUGGAGCCUUUUACCAUGUUAUAACUUUGUUCCCUCAUCAAAGGCUACGUUCAGACUGAACGGCUUACUGCUCAGUUUGGAUUUUUUUUGUGAAAUCCGUUUUUUUUGCCAGGUCAUUCACAUUUCCAAUUAAAUGCAACUUGUAUGUGAUCUCCAGUGUGAACUAUAAAUGCCCCAAAAGUGUCCCACAUGCACAUUGGGGGACACGAUGGCGUCACAUGUUCAGUGUUUACAGAAGUCGCCUAAACAUGAGCAUCUGGAGAUUUUAAAGUUGCUGUCGUACCGGCUGUGCAGCUUAUUCGUUUUAAAGAGGAGAUUUCUUCCAGUUUCCAUCUACUUCAGUGCAAAAUAGUGAUGUUUGUCGCUUGCUGAUGACAUGUAGGUUGGAUGAAUGUGACCUGGCCGUUCAGACUGAAGUCGCAUGUCAAAAUAUCAGAUAUAUAUCAAUUUUAGGAGCACAUAUCGAAGAUCAGAUCUGUGUCGUUCAGACUGUCAUAAAAACAUCAGAUACAGGUCGCAGAGGGGCAAAAAAAUCAGAUUUGGGUCACUUCAGGCUGCAGUCUGAACCAAAAACAUGCUUGAAUUGGUUUUAUAUGUCUUCCAUGCAUGUUUGAGGCAUGUAAUGUGAUGGUGCUCUGAAAGAUGAGUAACUUAGUGUGAGGAGCAGCGACUCACUAUCCAGGCUGGUGCCACCUAGUGCUUCCACUCAAUUUCAUUUCUCUCCAGUGACUAGGUCAGGAAUCGGAAUCCACUAGACCGUUUGCAAGAACCCCAGAAGUUGUAGACCUCGCACCGACCAAUCAGUGAAGAGUUGUGAAGCCAUGACUUCAAACUCAAGUGUCUGUCUGGGUCCCUUUUGUGAUACAACACAACAGUAAACAAAGCCAUCGAGAUGGAUGUAGAUGAAGACACACAUUCUGUGUUGGCAACGUUUCCCGAGAUCGAGGAUUUAAAGCCGAAAGAAAGAGAAUGUUUGGUGAAUUUUAGACGUUAUUGCCCUUCUUCCUACGGGUUUUGGCGCGUUACAUGUCACGACCAAAUAGCAGCGAUUAGUUACAUAAAAAACGUACCUACCUAUCGUCGAGCGAACUGAAUCCUAAUGCUGCAAGGUCAGGCUGAUGAAUCAGGCUAACGACUCACAGGGUUAAAAAUGAAACUGAAUAUGUUUUCGACAAAUAUACAAUUUUUACAACAAUGAAAGGUAACAUGGUGAUUUAAAUUUUAUGUGUUGGCAUAGAAGUAAAAUUCCCUCUCUUUAAUCAAAUGUUGAUGUUUUUUUUGCUGGCAACACAAACAAAAAUGGGGAUUAGGUCAGGACUAAACCAAGACUAGAACAGAAAAAGUCUACGCCAGGACUAAACUGGAACCAAAACCAGGACAAUUAUGAGUAAAAUCAGUAAAGUCCAGUCGUCCAGCAGAGGUUCAUGGAGAUUUUGGCCACUGGAACCAAAGUACUGAUGCUACUGACACUUUAUUCUUCAACUAAAGCUCAAAAUACCCAAUUAAUCCAUGUUCAGCUAAUAAAACAAUUCAUAUUUUUUGUUUUUUUGUUAUUUUGUUUUUUUUUGUUUGCUUGCCAAGGGUGCCAUUAUUGUAGAAAGCAGUGCUCCCGAUAUUUCAAAAAGUGAUUGUAAUUUUUGAAUGUAAAAUAUAACUUGGUCUUACAGGGUCAAAGAGGGAUGGUAGUUUUUUAGAGAAAUACAUUUUGUACAUUUUUACUGUUUACUGAUGUUGUUGUAUUGUGAAAAUGUUAAAAAGUUGCACUGUGCGUAUGGGGCGGGCCUGUAAAA